AAUUUACAUCAAUCAUUCAGUUAGUUUCUUUACAAUAGACAAUACCAAUAGAAAUGCAGCGUAAAAUCUAUAUAAAUAUACUCAUAGUUUUUAUAAUAUUUCUAAUAACUAGCGAAAGUCAUAAAAUGUAUUUUAUUGAAAAUGCUAAAUUUUUGGACUGGGAUGAUGCAAAUAAGGCUUGCAAAGCUAAGGGUAUGGAUUUAUUAACUAUAGAAAACAAAGAGGAACUGGACUAUUUAAAACAAUAUAUUAAUGAAACCUAUGGUCGCCUUUUUCCAUAUUGGCUGGGAGCCUACAGGACAAAUGGUCAAUUCUUUUGGACUGCAACUGGUGAAAAAAUUAAAGAGUUUUUUUGGCAUAAGGGACAACCCGACGAUAAAAGCGGCCAUGAGAAUUGUAUACAUACAUGGGAAGGAUAUUUUGACUGGAAUGAUAAUGAUUGCGAAAGGGAGUUACCAUUUAUAUGUGAUUUGAAUGUUUGAUAAAAACAAACUUAUUAAUUAAAUGUUCAGGGUUUGAUUAGUUAGAACUAUUAGUCCGAAUUCCUAAAAAAUGUAA